GUUUUAUCCUCACAUGACCCAAGUUAUCAGGCGCAUUCAAACAAACAUACUCUUUAUAUAUUCUUCAUAAGCACCACAAUUUAGCGACCUCAGUAGAAUCUCAUAAAAGAAUACGAAAACCAAACGGAUAAUGUCAUGUCUUAAAUCAUAAAUAGUAACUAUCUGGAGUCAUACACUCAUUGUGAUAAAAAUGAAGCACAAUUUGAAUAAUUUCUGCAAUCCACUGCUGAUAUAUACGGCAAUAUUGUUUAAUAUUUGUAAUAGAAUUUGCGUUAAUUGACCUUAAAUGCAAUCAAAAUAGGUGUGUUUUAUUCUGUUGUAGUAAAUUUCUGUUGUAGUCACUGGGUCACACGGUAUAGAAGGUGUUGAAGAAGAAAAACAAUUCCCAUGAAAAACGAAACAAACAAACAAACAAAAAAAAAACAAUUCCCACAAUAUUGCAAUAUAAAUUUAAAGAGGUGUGUCAUAUAUGUCUUGUAGUAAUACAAUUCUGCUUAGUUUAGUCACGUGUAAUGGAAACCAGAAAAAAACACUUCUUGGUUUUGUAUCAUUUAAUUCUAAUUUAUUUACAUUUCGUUGAAUAUCUGUCGAAUAUCCAACUUAAAAGCUUAAAAGGUCUUUAGCUUCACUUUGUUGUUGGAUGUGGGCUUGGCCACAUUGUGGGGUGUGGCAUGUCUAGGCACUAUAAAAUAUUUAGCCCACUCCAAAACGCAUUUUAUUUUUUUCUACCCGAAUUAAAAAGACAAAAUGAGUCUAACAGAUAUAGAUAAAACCCUGGUCAAGGCUUUCUGGGGUAAAGUCUCCGGAAAGGCUGACGCUAUUGGCCACGACGCUCUGACCAAAGUUUAUUUUGCCCAUUGGCCUGACCUUUCUCCUGGCUCUGAGUCAGUAAAGAAACAUGGUAAAACCGUGAUAGGGGCACUGAGCGACGCUGUGGAUAGAAUCGAUGAUCUAGGCGGUGGCCUAAGUGCCCUAAGUGAUCUGCACGCUUUCAAGUUGCGCGUGGAACCAGGAAAUUUCAAGAUUUUAUCUCACAACAUCCUCGUGAGUUUAGCCAUCAAUUUUCCGGCUGAUUUCACUCCAGAGGUUCACAUUGCCAUGGACAAGUUUCUCGCCGCUGUGUCUGCAGCACUUGCUGAGAAAUACAGAUGAACAUUCUACAAAUGAUCAUACGAAUAUAAAGAAUGUCAUCAUGCAUGCUCCACAAAAAUAAAACAAUUUGUUUCUUUAAAUCUAA